AAUAUUGUUUGUAGGGUUUUCAGCACUUGCCCCAAAAAGAGAGCAGUGGGCUGAGAACUGAGAAGUGGGUGAGAGUGCGUUGCAGGAGAUGGCAUUGUUUCUAAUUUUUUCUUCUUCAGCUUGAUUUUUUCCUCUUCAUCUGGGUUUUCUUCUUCCCAUCAUGAAUUUUCUGGUUCGAUAUUUGUUAAUUUUUGUCAAUUUCGAUUCGAUUGUUGGGUGAUUUGGGAAAUGGGUACUGUGUGCAUUCGAGUGAUUUCUUCUCUCUCUCACUUUUGAUGCUUCUUUUAUUCUGAUCUGGGGUUUAUGAUUCCACCCUUUUUUAAGCUUGAGGAGGAAGUGAGCUUCGGUAUUGGGGAAGAAGAUUACUAGUUCAUGAUGUGCUUGAUGAUGAUGAUGAGGACGGAGAAGAAGAGGGCUCUUUUGACCAGAGAAAGAGAUCAGAUAAAGCAGAAAAAGCAGGAAUGAAGAAAAGAUGUCUCCUUUGAUAGGUAUUGUUGCUUGUAACUGUCAAUGAGAGAGAGAGAGAGAGAGAGAGAGAGAAAACUCUUCCUGAUUAUCUUUCGUCCUUUUUCCACCACACGCUUCAUCGCCACUGGAGGUGAUGUGUUUUCAAGGCUAGUUCUUCUUGUUUGGGUCCUUCGCUCUUCAGAGAUUUGAAGGGUCUCUCAUUUUCUCUUUCUCUUGAAUUUUCCUUGUUUCUUCGUCGAAGGGUUUCCCAAAAUGCCUAUGUUUCAGCCUUCGAGCAAAAGAAGGGAUGGGGAUGCGAGGUACGAUGUGGGUGGCGGUGGGCAAGUGUUAGAUCUGGAAACCGCCGUGAAAGAUGGCAUUCUGGACGGCGCAGGCGGGGUUGUUUGCGCCGGUGGUGGCGUCGCCGACAAGUUGGAUCUGAAGAUGAUGAUUGAGGAGCUUGAUUCAAUCGACGUUCCGUCGGUCUUCAUUUGCCCAAUUUCGCUGGAGCCAAUGCAGGACCCUGUGACCCUCUGCACUGGUCAGACUUACGAAAGAUCCAACAUUCUCAAAUGGUUCUCCCUUGGCCACUACACUUGCCCUACCACAAUGCAAGAGCUUUGGGACGAUUCUAUUACUCCAAACAAGACCCUUUACCAUCUUAUCUAUAGCUGGUUCUCGCAGAAGUACUUGGCAAUGAAGAAGAGAUCAGAGGAUGUGCAGGGCAGGGCUUCUGAGCUUUUGGAGACACUUAAGAAGGUUAAGGGUCAAGCUAGGGUUCAAGCUCUUAAGGAGCUUAGGCAGGUUGUCACUGCCCAUUGCUUGGUAAAGAAAACUGUGGUGGACAAUGGUGGGGUUUCUUUGCUUUCUUCUCUAUUGGGUCCUUUCACUUCGCACGCUGUUGGGUCAGAAGCCAUUGGCAUUCUAGUGAACUUGACCCUUGAUUACGAAUCGAAGGAAAGCCUUAUGCAACCUGCCAAGGUUUCGCUAAUGGUGGACAUGUUGAAUGAAGGAUGUAUCGAGACGAAGCUGAACUGCACGAAAUUGAUUGAGUUGUUGAUAGAGGGGGAGGAUUUCGGGUCAGAAAUUGUAUCGAGCUUGAGUCUUUUGGUGGGAUUGUUGAGGUUAGUGAAGGAUAAGAGGCACCCAAAUGGAAUCUUGGCUGGGCUUGGCUUGUUGAAGAUGAUUUGCUUACAUGAACAAGUGAGGAAUUCAAUUGUGAGCAUUGGGGCAAUCCCUCAGUUGGUUGAACUAUUGCCGAAUUUGAAUGCUGAGUGUUUAGAAUUGGCCCUCUUUGUGUUGGAAGUCCUGUCAACUCUUCCAGAGGGGAUAUUGGCUCUCAAGGAUUGUCCAAACACAAUACCAAAUGUGGUGAAAUUGUUGAUGAGGGUUUCAGAAAGCUGCACUCAGUUUGCCUUGUCAAUCUUGUGGGCCGUUUGCAAACUUGCCCCUGAAGAGUGUGCAUCAGUUGCAGUGGAGGCGGGACUAGCGGCCAAGCUUCUCCUUGUGAUUCAGAGUGGCUGCAAUCCACUGUUGAAGCAACAGUCAUCUGAGCUCCUGAAAUUGUGUAGUUUAAAUUACACCGCUACCAUCUUCAUUUCCAAGUGUAAGCUUACAAGAACACUACAAUGAAGGAAAAUGGCAAUUUUUGUUCAUAUACAACCAAACCCCUCAUGAUUCCUUUGUCCCAGAGGACAGUAGAGCCCAAGAGCCCUGUGGGAUCCAAACACAAUUCAAAACAAAGUAAAAAUGGGAUUUCUGAGGUAUUAUUUUUCUCUGCUGUGUAAAUUGAACUUGGAUUCUGUCAAUUGAUUUCACAUGAAGAUUGAAGAAGCACCGUAAGUGUGGAUUACUGAGCUGAUUGGCAUUUGCAUGCAGCAUAGUGCAUAGCAACUCAGUCCACUGUCUAGGCCGCAAUUUUCUAAUUUUCUAAUAAGCCCCAGAGACGUUGUGAUCUAAAUUUUAUUCUGUUCUUAUUCUUCAUCAAUGAUACCAUGAUACCAAUCUCAUGAAUGGUCACAUAAAACCCAAGAGAGCAGUGUAAAUCAUGUCUUUGUAAUGGUGCAUGUCUUUGUAAUGGUGCUUGGUAGGGUUGGGAUUUGAUAAUGCAGGAAGUAUGUGGGGGGAAGGGAAUUCUUGUAGGCUUGUGUUCUCAAUUGUAAUUAUAAAAAUUUUAAUGGGUAGCUUUGCCCCAUCCAAUACACAAAUGUUCCUGUGCUUUUUUCAA